AUGUCAGCCCACGCAGCCCGUCUCGCUCGUUUGUUUACACCAGAGUACGCUUGUCGUAUCAAUGCUCAAAUUGUGCAUCCGGCGAAGUCAGGCGUGGUGAAGCCGAACGAGCUGGAAUCAGCCUUCUCACGGCCGCUGGACGUCUCUAUCUACAAGCCUAACCAACCUGCCACGUAUCUGGCAGCCACGCUGUCUUACGGAAUCAUAAAAGGACAUCCAUUCUUAGAUGGGAACAAACGGACCGCUUUAUUCCUUGCCAACGAGUAUCUUCGAGCUCAAGGCCUCCCAGGCUUAGCUGAUGCUGUGCAUGAAGGUCUCGCCAAGAUUGCCGAUCAGCACAUCAAUGUCGCCGCAGGGAAGGUGGAUGUGGAGGGCCUAGCGAAGGCGAUAGGCUCACGCGGAUGA